ACAGUUACUAGAUCAAUGCCCUUGCAAUGUUGUUAUCCAAAUGCAGCCGAGCCAUGUAGAUACGAGUUGAAAGUUAUUCUUUUACCCCAAAGAACAGAGAUUACUGAUGCUGAAGAAAACUUAGAUGAAAGUGAAGUUCGAGAAGCGCAUUUAGCUAAAUCCUUAUAUUACAUUCGGAUAGGUAAAAAGGAGGAAGAAUUGGAGCAACUGAAGGUGACAGAAAGCAAGACUGUUGUUGUUGGGCAAAACAUGUACUUGGUGUUCUAUACAUUGCAAAUAGGCUUGUUCUAUAUGGAUUUUGAUAUUAUUUCCAAUAGCAUUGAUAAAGCGAAAAACUUGUUUGAAGGAGGGGUGACUGGGAGAGGAAGAACCGUUUAAAUGCGUAUGAAGGCUUGUAUUGCUUGUCCAUUCCAAAAUUUAAGAAGGCUGCCAAUCUGUUUUUGGAUUCCAUUUCAACCUUUACAACUUCUGAUCUUUUCCCUUCUAAUACAUUCAUAUUUUACACUGUGCUUACAAGUAUCAUAACAUUGGAUUGAGUUUCCCUGAAACAAAAGGUGGUUGAUGCUCCUGAAAUCCUGACUGUGAUCGGAA